GUUCGGUUUUAUGCUUCCAUGCUUCUGAAUGAUCUGGGUUUGAGCCAUCAACAUUAUGAUUAUAUAUGCAACUGUUUAUCAGGUAGCACUUCGGAGACAUUUGGCGGCUGUGUCUUUGCAACUCCCUGCCAAGUAAUUACAAAAUUCUGACCCAGCUAAAUUCCAUAUUCCAUACAAGGGCCUCUUGAAAUGACUUUUCAAGUGCUUAAAAAAGUGUUCUUGCAAUUUUUUUUAAAAAAAGAUAUAUAUUUUUAAGCAUUUGAAAAGUCAUUCCAAACUGUUUAUGUAUAUGUAGCGUAUCAUAUUUCAAUGUUUAGUUUGACAUAAUCUUUUGCAUAUAGGUCUUUUGGGUUCUUAAGAAGUGGUAGGUUGUUUGAACUUUGGAGUUGAGUUUGAAAGGGUUUUCUCUUGUGUUAUAUAUAUGUUUGAAGUAAAAAGAUAAAGUGAAGUAAAGCUGGUCAAAGCAUGUCUGUUAGCCUAUACUUUUUUAGUAAUGACUUGAUUUUUAGAUUAAUUAUACUUUUUCUUUAAAUGUUUUUUAGAAAAACAUUUUUAGGAACUUCUAAGCGAUCCCUAGAUUACCACCUCUUCCCUACACUGUUGAAAUUUAGCACCAAUUCUUCAGUAUUCAUUCUUGGUAACAAAUGAACACAAAAAACCAUUUGUGUUUUUCAAAUGAUGUACUUGAUUUUUUUUUUUUUUUAAAGAAAAAACAUUUGUUACCAUCGCAUAAUAUCAAUGUAUUCAAUACCAUGCAUUAACACCACAACUAUCCCUUCUUAUAAUUCAUAGAGAAGCAACUUGAUAAACAAGUGUUGAAAACAGUUGCUGUAAACUAUUAUUUAAAACCCUAGUGACCUAAGCCUACUAAUUUGAUUGGGUAUAUUUCUAUAUAUAUAAGCAUCAAAAAGUCAUAUUUGUCCUUCAAACUCUCCUCCCCUUUAUACUCACCCUAAAAUUGCCUUCCCCAUCAUUUGACCAAUUGAUGUAUGCCAUGCAUAGAAUGGAAAACAGCAUCUUAUUUUGUGGUGCACAUACAUAUCCAUACACACCCUUCACUUUAAGAGUUGAGAGUUAGGUAAAAUAUUAAAAGCCUUUUGAAAUUACAUGAAAAAUGAACAGUUCUCUUCAUAUGGGUUGGGUUGCCCUGUCUAUAUAUAACCCACUUCAUUCAUCUCCACAUCUUAUUAGUAGCUUCCUACACCUCUCUCAUUAAGAAAACCAGAAGAAAGUAGUGAGAGACUAGAGAAUGGGUACAGAGAGAUUAAGCUCUUCUCAGGAUGAUGAUGAAGUGAGAAAGGGGCCAUGGACAAUGGAAGAGGACUUGAUUCUGAUCAAUUACAUUGCCAACCACGGUGAAGGAGUGUGGAAUUCACUGGCCAAAGCUGCAGGACUCAAACGUACUGGGAAGAGUUGUCGCCUCCGGUGGCUGAACUAUCUCCGGCCUGAUGUUCGGAGAGGCAAUAUAACUCCUGAAGAACAGCUAUUGAUUAUGGACUUGCAUUCUAAAUGGGGUAACAGGUGGUCAAAAAUUGCAAGGCAACUCCCCGGAAGAACAGAUAACGAGAUAAAGAACUAUUGGAGGACAAGGAUACAAAAGCGUAUCAAGCAGCAGGGGGAUGCCGAAAGAGUUCAUGAACAGAUGAUGUUGAUAGGUAGCUGUUCAGAGACGAACGACGAGCAUGCCAUCAGCCCGUGCAGCCAAGUUUCGAGCUUUAAUAAUGUUGUGGGGCCGAUGGAGAUCAGCCAUGACUAUUUCCCACCAUAUGAAGGAGAUACAGAGGCUAUGGCCUUUCAGCAGACGACUUGGCCUCGUGGGGAUGGGGCGAAUGACGACUACUGGAGCAUGGAGGAUCUUUGGUCCAUGCAAUUACUUGAUUGAAAUGCUUGCUGGGAGGAACAACAACUGCUGGGUUUAAAUUAUGUAUAGUUGAACCAUAAAUAAAAAUUUCCUUUUAUAUAUUAUUACAUGAUCUCUGGAUUUU